CCCCCCUUUUUUUAUUAUUAAUUUUUUUUUAUCAAAAUCAAUCACUUGCGUUUUAGCGUGGCCUCAAAGCGUCGGGUAACAAACAAACAGCCAAAACAGACGAGGGACAGAGAAAGAGAGCACAGAAAAGAAACAUGGUUGCACCGGAAAAGGAUCCCAGAGAAGAAGUCAUUCAAGCAUGGUACAUGGAUGAUAGUGAUGAAGAUCAGAGGCUGCCUCAUCACAGGGAGCCCAAGGAAUUUGUGUCUUUGGACCAACUUGCUGAGCUUGGUGUACUUAGUUGGAAGCUUGAUGCUGACAACCAUGAAACAGAUGCAGAGUUGAAGAAGAUACGUGAAGAGCGUGGAUAUUCCUAUGUGGACUUGAUUGAAGUUUGCCCAGAGAAACUGCCUAAUUAUGAGGAGAAGAUGAAGAGUUUUUUCGAAGAACAUCUUCACACUGACGAGGAGAUCCGCUACUGUUUGGGUGGAAGUGGUUAUUUUGAUGUCAGGGAUCAUAAUGACCACUGGAUUCGUGUUUGGGUGAAGAAAGGUGGAAUGAUCGUCUUACCUGCAGGAAUUUACCACCGUUUCACGUUGGACACAGAUAACUAUAUCAAGGCAAUGAGGCUGUUUGUGGGUGAUCCAGUUUGGACUCCUUUUAAUCGGCCACAUGAUCAUCUACCUGCAAGGAAAGAGUAUGUGCAAGCUUUUGUUAACAAGGACGACAGUGCUCGUGCUGUUGAUGCUGCUGCAUGAAAUCUACUUUGGCUGGUGUAAAUCAAACUGAAAUAUUAGCAUGAUCAUAUUUUUAAAAUAAAAUACCGUCUUGGAAAACAGAAUUUAAAACCUUCCUAACUGUGAUAACUAUAUCUAUGCGAGGCAUGUUACCCUUUGGUUAUGUAUAA